AUGUCAAUUUUUCAUUCCAUUUUCUAUGGUUUAGUAGUUGUUAUUCUUCUUCUACAAAAUCCAAGUGCAACGCAAUGCCAUACCAAGGGAAUUAGACCAAGGCCUGGGAAUGGUCUAUCUACCAAUAUGACCAGAGUCCAAUUUUCAGAGGAGCAGUUCAUGAAAUGGGUGAGAUUUGUAGGUGGCCUCAAACAUUCUGUCUUUAAGACAGCCAAGAAUAAGCUUUUUCCUUCUCACACUUUGCACGUUUCUAAGAUGCCAAGCAAAGGAGGUUUUUCGUCAAUUCAAGACGCCAUUGAUUCCCUUCCUUUCAUCAAUUUAGUGAGAGUGGUAAUUAAGGUCCAUGCAGGGGUUUACACGGAGAAAGUUAACAUUCCUCCUUUGAAAUCCUUCAUAACAAUACAAGGAGCUGGAGCGGAUAAUACCAUCGUUCAAUGGGGUGACACUGCUCAAAGCCAGCCAUUAGGAACCUAUGGUUCUGCAACGUUUGCAGUGAAUUCACUUUUCUUCAUAGCCAAGAAUAUCACAUUCAAAAACACUGCCCCAAUUCCAGCACCAGGGGCAGUUGGAAAGCAAGCAGUGGCAUUGAGAAUUUCAGCAGACAAUGCAAUAUUCCUAGGCUGCAAAUUCUUGGGAGCACAGGACACACUCUAUGAUCAACUGGGUAGGCAUUACUAUAAGGAUUGUUACAUCGAAGGCUCUGUCGAUUUCAUUUUUGGAAACGCUCUCUCUCUCUUCGAGGGAUGUCACGUGCAUGCCAUAGCACGAGUUACAGGGGCCCUAACAGCUCAAGGAAGAAGCAGUUUAUUACAAGACACGGGAUUCUCGUUUGUCCACUGUAAGGUCACGGGCUCAGGGGCACUUUACCUUGGAAGGGCUUGGGGUCCCUUUUCUCGCGUUGUCUUUGCUUAUACAUACAUGGACAACAUCAUCAUUCCCAAAGGAUGGUAUAACUGGGGUGACCCUAACCGUGAAAUGACUGUAUUCUAUGGACAGUACAAAUGCACAGGACCAGGAGCAAGCUACGCGGGGAGAGUAUCAUGGUCAAGGGAGCUCACUGAUGAGGAAGCAAAACCAUUUAUUUCCCUGAGCUACAUUGAUGGCUCUGAAUGGAUCAAUCUUUCUUUUUGA